AUGAUAUUGCGUUCUUGGGACAAUCCAGUGGCUUGGCAAAUAACACUUCGAAGUGCGGAGAAGAAGAAGGAGCCUGGAGCAAGUGAGGAUGACUCAGAUGAAGAUUUGUGCAUUCUUAUCUUUGGUUCCUUACUUUACUCUGAUAAAGUGGAAGUUGAGUUCAUAAAGAAAGGAAGCUUGACUACUGAAGAACUCGAUGCUUUUGUUUCAGCUUUGCAAGUAGCUGGAACAAAACCUGGACAAGAUAAGGCAAGUGGAGGUAGAGGUAGCGUACGUGAAGCCACUACAGACAAAACUAUUUCUCAAUUGGAAUCGAUGGGAGUGAGAAUCUAUGGAAUUAACAAACCUCUUGGAGAAGAUUCUAUCGACGAGAUAUUAUGGGACAAUAUUGCUGGAUAUGAUCAGCAAAGCGGUAAGCUUCAGUUUACAUAUUUUAUCUUCUAUCCACUGAAAUCACAGCUGUAG